AUUUCUCAGCUUUGAAAUCCAAUAGAGAAGUUACUCAGUAGCACUCCAUUCUAUCACUAUGAAGAAAAGUAAUGUUUCUCUCCUUUUGGGUAUCAUCUUCCUGGCUCUGAUGAGAGUUCAAGGAGCCCCAAUAUUGAGGAGUGGACGCUGUUCCUGCAUCAACACCAAUGAUGUAAUGAUCCACUUAAAAUCCUUAAAGGACCUUCAACAAUUUGCCCCAAGCCUUUCUUGCGAGAAAACUGAAAUCAUUGCUACAAUGAGGAAUGGGGAUCAAAUAUGCCUAAACCCAGAUUCGACCAAAGUGAAAGAAUUGAUUAAAAAGUGGGAGAAACAGGUCAAGCAAGAGAAAAAGCAAAAGAAAGGGAAAAAAUAUCAAAAAAGCAGGAAAGUUCUAAAAGUUAAAAGAUCUCAACGUGCUCAUCAAAAGAAGACUACAUAAGCAACCACUUUACCAACAAAGUAUUUUGUGUUAAAAAGUUUCUUUUUUAUUAUACUGAAGAGCUUGUUGAUCUAAAUAAAAAUUUAAAACAUCAUUGUGAUUAAAGCUAGAAAGUUGCUUUUAAAAUCCAAAUGUUAGAGGCUAUCGUUUGUCUUUGUUCUUCCACCUCCAACCAGCUGAAAUUCAUCACGCUCAAGAGCAGGAUCUUAGUAACUCCCACAGGUGGACAAAUGCCCACGCAACCAUAUCCCACACACAACAGCUGCCUGUGAGAACAACUAUCUUUCCAGACCACAAACUGCAGUUUCCAGAGAGUAUUCUGAGGCACAUGUUAGCAAGCCUCAACUUGUCAGCAUGCUGAAGCCACGCAGUUUGGGAUGGAGCCGGACUUCACCAAUUUGUCAUGGCUAUCAGCAUCUGUAUUUGAAUGGGCCUAUAGGCCUCACAUACAAUGUACCUGAGAGAUCCAUGCUGGUUUUUCUGGAGACCACCGCUGAAGGACACUAGCACUUAGCUUUCAGAACCCUUCUAUCUGGCUUUCGGGGCUAUGUGACUCCAUCUUUCUGGUGCACACUGACCACUUUAUUUCUUCUUGUUUCCCUUUGCUUCAGUCAAUCCAGUUCCUCACUGUCCUACCACAAUUCAAUGCCUGCCUUCUCUACCACGCAGGUCAUGUUCUCACUCACCUGGGUCUACUCUUUUCUUACUCUUUUCCCAGCACCCCGC